GGGAAUGAGUUCUUUACUUGCACUGGAGACCCCAGGGGUGCUGCUCCAUGCCCCAGCUGGGUGACGUGGCUGACUCCUACUUGUCGGAACGUGGCAGCCAAAUUGUCCAAGCUGCCUCAUUCCUCUCAACUUGUGGAUCUCUCCAGGGAGCUCAUUACGAGCUUGGAUAGACUGGGCUGCCAUUCCCUCUGAUCCAGCACUUAAGAGAAAGCCCAAGCAGCUACAGGGGAGUUGUCCACGGCCACGGGAAAAAGAAAAGUAAAGAGGAGAUGUAGAGGAGCGCGAGGAGGAGAAGAAACACUUGUUCAUUGAUAGAGGGACUGGGAAUCUGUUCUUCCCGGAGGGAGGAGCUGAGCUCCAGCAGAUCUGGAGAGGCCACCAGCAGCAUUCAGCAUCCCUAACACCGUGCACACUUCUACUGAGGGGGACCACAUCCAAAAAUAAAAGAGAAGAAGACCCUGACCAAGGUGACGGGAGAUGAAGAGCAUCACAUCCUACCUGAGGCCCUGAUACAAAGGCACGCUCGAGUGGGAGGCAAGUAAAUCCACACUAAACAAUAGUUCACUUGUGUACCGAGUAGAAAUGGACUGCACAAUCAAGUCUGACACUGCUCUGAUCAAAAGUAUACUUCUUUCGUGUGUUAUUAUGAGUUUUCGUGUUCAUACAAGCUUUUCACAGAUAACUACUGCUUCAAUAAAAGAAGACGCCAAUGAUAACAUUACAAUAUUCACCCGAAUACUUGAUGGUCUGCUAGAUGGAUAUGACAACAGACUACGACCUGGACUUGGAGAGAGAAUAACCCAAGUAAAAACAGACAUUUAUGUUACAAGCUUCGGACCAGUAUCAGAUACUGAAAUGGAAUAUACGAUUGAUGUGUUCUUCCGUCAGAGCUGGAAAGAUGAGCGGUUGAGUUUUCAGGGACCCAUGCAACGACUUCCUCUGAAUAACUUACUAGCCAGUAAAAUUUGGACACCAGAUACAUUUUUCCACAAUGGCAAAAAGUCCAUUGCUCACAACAUAACCACUCCCAACAAACUGCUACGUCUUGAAGAUGAUGGAACAUUACUUUAUACUAUGAGACUGACAAUUUCUGCAGAAUGCCCUAUGCAGCUUGAAGACUUUCCAAUGGAUGCUCACGCAUGCCCUCUAAAAUUCGGGAGCUAUGCAUAUCCUAAUUCUGAAGUAAGGUAUGAGUGGACAAAUCUUACAGAGAAAUCAGUUGUGGUGGCACCAGAUGGCUCGCGUUUAAAUCAAUACCAUUUAAUUGGAAAAACUGUAGGAACAGAAAACAUCAGUACUAGCACAGGAGAAUACACUGUCAUGACAGCACAUUUCCAUUUGAAAAGAAAAAUCGGCUAUUUUGUUAUCCAGACCUACCUGCCUUGUAUAAUGACGGUCAUAUUAUCCCAAGUGUCGUUCUGGUUAAACAGAGAGUCGGUUCCAGCAAGGACAGUUUUUGGUGUUACAACAGUGCUAACUAUGACCACUCUGAGUAUCAGUGCACGGAACUCACUGCCAAAAGUUGCCUAUGCUACAGCAAUGGACUGGUUUAUAGCUGUAUGUUAUGCCUUUGUGUUUUCUGCCCUCAUUGAAUUUGCAACAGUGAACUACUUUACAAAGAGAAGUUGGGCCUGGGAUGGAAAAAAGGCACUUGAAGCAGCAAAAAUAAAGAAAAAAGAGCAAGAAUCUCUUGGACGAAAGCCCAUCAACACAUAUGGUGGAGGAAGAAUUACUUACACACCAAACAUUUCAAAAGACCUGUCUUCAUCAGUCAUCUCAAACGCUGCUCCCUUACACAUUAAGGCUGUGGAAGAGAAGUGUCCUGAAACUAAAAAGACUUACAACAGUGUCAGCAAGAUUGACAAGAUGUCUCGGAUAGUCUUUCCAGUCAUGUUUGGAACUUUCAAUUUGGUUUACUGGGCUACAUAUUUGAACAGGGAACCUGUGAUCAAGGGCGCUGCUGCGUCCAAAUCCUCCACAGUGUUGCCAAUACAUAUCUAAGCCAUAUCCUUGCAAUGGACUACACCAAUGAAAAUUGUACAGUUUGGCUUUGACAUUUGUUUAUUUUUACUCUAUGUGUGGAGCAUUUCAUUUAUUGUUUGCUUCAAUAGUUGAUAGCUACAUUUAUGUUUUUAUUUUACCUCAUAUUUGCAAGAAAAGCUUACUAAAACACCAAAAAGCUGAUGCAUCAUAAUGCAAACAUCCCUGUCUCCCCGUGGGGGACAGAAACAUGGCUCAACUACACAUUUUUUGCUGCCCCACAAACGCAAAUCUAAAUAAGGCCUUGCAGUUCUGAAUGUUAGUAGUUUUUGAUUUUUUGUAACAUUUUGCUUUUAGGUUUAAUUAUCCUAAAAUAAGCCAUUGAGCCCUUACCGUUCCUUGCACUAUUUGUGGAAUUUACCCAGGAUGGACUGAAUAUGUUGGGUUAAAACUGGAUUUUCUGAUGUUUGAUCGUUCCUAAAACCUGAAUAAGUUCAUUGAUUUGUAAAGGCCUUACUUUUAGCAGAAGCCUGCAAAAAAAAACCUUGAGCCCCAACAGCAGGCUGUAGAUAAACACCACUGUAGAUAAACACCAAUGUAAAAAGCAGCAGUCAUCAGAAGGGGUUUCUUAGCAAUGUUGGUUCACCCUAAACAUGGAGCAUAAUCAUUGCUGACUGCAUAGCUAUAUACAGUACUUGUGAACGAAUCUUCAAUAGAGAUUUAAUAAUAUUCCACAAGGUCUGAAAAGAGAAGUCUGGUUUACAUUUGUGUGCAAAAUGUGUGCCAGCAAUGUCUACAAUGUCAAUGUUUUUAACAACAAAGUUCAGUGAAGGAGCAACCUUAUCAAACCUGUAUCAACAAAUUUUUGCUCAACGGGGUCAAGUGCAAGUCAAAUGCGCAUUUCAAUGAAUUCUGAACGAUCUCAGAAGUGUCCUAAUUUGAUGUCAAGCUGACGCCAUCGACACAAACCCAAACAUGUCAACGCAGGCCCUAAAUGCGCCAUGAUGGAAUUGAUUUACUAAAAGCAAAUGGGGUGCUACAAAACACAUCAAUAAAGUGCAAAACUUUUUUGUGACAAAAAAUAAUGUAAGUCUGUUUUAAAUGUG